AUCUUCGCGUUCCACGGCAAAACAAUUUUUUUGUAAUCUCUGUGAGACGUGAGAUAACAAUAUUCCGCGAUUAGUUCGAUUGAUACUCCAUUGCAGCAGAGAAAUCAACUGUUGAUUUGGGACCACUUCACGAUGGGAAGACUGGCAACUGUGAUUGACGGAGGCUUCGCCACGCAGCUGACGCAACACGUUGGGGAUCGUGUGGAUGGUGAUCCGCUCUGGAGUGCCAGAUUCAAUGCAACAGAUCCGGAGGCUGUGAAGAAAGUCCACAGAGACUUUCUUGAGGCAGGCGCCGAGCUAAUCCGGACGAAUACGUACCAGGCGUCAAUUGGGAACUACAUGAAACAUCUGGGAUUGUCUGAGGAGGCGGCUAUCAGCCUGAUUCAGGACACUGUGGGGUUUGCGAAGGAGGCCAGAGAUGAGUUUGCGAGGACAUCUGAGAAAGGCUCUGUUCCUCAGGUUUUUGGCUCAAUCGGCCCAUAUGGCGCGUGUCUGGCUGACGGGUCGGAAUAUACGGGCAGUUAUGUGGUCUCCACGAGUCCCUCAGUGAUUCGAGAGUGGCACAAGAAGCGCAUAUCAGUAAUCAUCGAGGCUGGAGUCGAUGCCUUGGCUAUUGAGACGCUGCCGAGUGCUGUAGAAGGAGAAAUCCUGUUGAAUCUGAUGCGAGAAGACUUCCCGGAUGUCAAGUUCUGGCUCUCUUUCCAAUGUCGAAGCGACUCAGAGACGGCAGCUGGGGAGAAUUACCAGGAAGCUGUGCGGAGAAUCUGGAAGAAGGUGAAAGAAGAUGGUGUUUUGAGCAAGAAUUUCUUGGCUAUUGGAGUGAAUUGCACCCACCCGGACAGAGUCACGCCGCUCUUCUCAGGUCUCAACCAGGAAGAGGAUCGAAUUCCACUGAUUGCUUAUCCCAAUUCCGGGGAGACGUACGACGUGGUGGAGAAGAAGUGGAUUUGCGACCGAGCUCAGCAGCCUCUGGAGAGUCGUGUCCAGGAGUGGAUUGGCCUGGGUGUGCGAUACGUAGGCGGCUGUUGCAGGAACUACGCGGAUGAUAUCAGACGACUACGGGAGACCCUUGACUCUGUCGCGAGACAAUUGCCGCCAACUGAUUAGGCCUGGCGAGGAGCGUGGGGAGACUCAGUGAGAGGCGUCCAAUUGAAUUAUCGUAUCAGUCAGCGCUGAGACUUCGGCCAGCUGAGCACGCUCGAGAGCUUUUCUCUGAAAGUAAAAUUGAAUAAAAUUUUAGUCGUGCGAUCUUCAAUCGGCCAACGCUCAA